CCCGAAAAUUUGAACUCGUCCCAGUUCGAUUCGAGCAGUGCAAAGAGAGACAGCAAAACAGAUGACAGAUGAUUUGACUAAAGUGUAUUUUUUUAGUUUAAUAUUAGUUUUAAUUAAUUAAUUAAUUAACCACCUUCGUGGGCGUGGUGGUCACUAUGUUGCCCGAGUGGUACACGCCUUUCCACCUGAGGGAAUCGUGGCUCGGGUCUUUUCAAGCGGUCGUCGGCUUGACCGGUCUCGACCUCGAGGGCGACUCUGUUGAUCGGAGGGUUUGGGAAUUGCUCAAUCUGGGGACCGAUCUGGCCCCCACGUUCAUCCUGAACCCCACCCUUCCCCGCAAGAAGCCCAGGCGAGAAGGUCUGGAACAAUCGACAUACGUACCGGAAGGAAUCCUCCCGGUCGCGUGGACGGACAAACAUCGCUCCAUUGUGCCCGCCGUGAUCGUCGUGUUCUUCAAGGAUGACGGCGCCGUGACGGUGACCAAGGCUUUGAGCAAGUUAAGGGACGACUGCGCCCCGUUCGGAACUCAACUGCUCGUGAUGCUGAUCAAGGGACCGGGAGAAGAGGAAGUUUCCACGGAACGAGCGUCCGCGCUCUGUGCAGCGGCCGAUAUUCCGCCCAAAUCGUUGUAUAUUCUUGUAACGAGUCAUCCUGACAGGAUUCACAGUUCGGUCCACAGGUUGGAACGUGGGAUAAGGGACGUGUGCACGUCUUAUUAUGCGGGUCGUGCUAGGAGGCUGAAAACGAAUAAGGAGAGAACAACCCAACUCGUCCUCCAUGUCCGGUACAAUGUCAAGUUGGCCUUUUUCUUCGAAAUUAGGAGAGAUUAUGGAUCUGCGAUUGGCCACUACGAAGCCGCCUUCGACUCGCUCGUGAAGCUGGGGACGUAUCUUCAAGAGGUGAAAGUGGUGGGUGGUGUGGUGACUUAUCGCCUCUGUCGGAUCCACCUCCUGAAGCGGGAGUGGGCCGAAGGGAGGCUCAAAUUCCACAAAAUGGUCGACACCUUCAAAAAGAGUGGAAACAAUGACAAUCUCUUUGAAGUCCUCGCCUUCCUGGAACAACAAUAUCAACACUUUGGGGACCUGGUGAAGCAAUAUUAUGGUCACGACGCGACGAGCUGUGGCCUCGAUCCUGUCAACUAUUACAUCGUGGCAGCAAAGUAUGCUCAACAAAGGGCGGAAAUGGCGAAACAAAAGUCACAAGUGGCUGAGCAGACUGGUUCUCCUCCCGUGAUAAAUGUGGACUUGACGUGGGAGCCAAAAUAUUUAGGCCAGCGGCCCUGGCAGAUGGACACCCUGGGCGAUAAAGUCCCACUUUUGGAGCACUUUGAAAACGAGGUGGCCCACUCGGACCUCAUCAUCAAACAUUUAGGCCUGGCUUCCGAGUUUUGUAAAGAAGUGGGACAUUUGAGGACGAGAUGUCAACUGAUGAGUAUGAUGGGUGACGAAUUUCUACGGAGUGGCGAAUACGCACGUGCCAUCCUCCUCAUGGCACAUGUCCUCCGAGAGUUUGGUAAAGAGCGGUGGGCGACCCUCCUCCUCCACGUGGCGCGGGCUGGACUCCGCGCCGCCAUCGCGCUCCCAGACGUCGCCGCCUAUCUCAACUUUGUCGUCAUCCUGCUCAAGGUGGACUUGCGCGGGCUCCUUGGAGAAAAAGAGGCUGCCUUGUUGGGCGAGAAUUUCGACGCUGUCGUGGAGAAUAAGGUGCCACGGCAUGACGGACGGGAAGUGACUUCUUUUGCCGCGGAAUUCAGAAAAUCUGAUGAGAUCAAGAGUUACGUUGGCGUGCACAGUGAACCCUUUCUCUCGGCCUGGAUUGGUUUUGCGGAGGAGAGCGUGCUCAUCCAUAGAACGACGAAGGUGGUGUUUCGCCUCCAAAAUCGCCACAGUCGUCCCGUCCACGUGAAGAGCAUCGCGAUCCAGACAACCAUUCCCGAGUAUGAUAACUCCCUCAGGCUCGACAAGGUUUUAGAGGUCGGCGCCAAUAUGGAGGAAAGCUUGGAAAUCACGCCGCGCGAGUUGAACAAAGUCAUUCAGUUACAAGUUGGCGUAGUGGACAUCGGGAAGGGCGACGUUUCCGUCCUCCUGCACUACUCCCUCAUCCACAAGGUGCCUUCACUCACUCUUUGGAACGAGGAGUGGGGAGAGGAGCACGCAGGCCUGGUGGGUGGGGCGUUGAGCAACGUGGUGAAAGUGGAGGGAAGCCGGCCGAUGGUCCAGUUUCGCGUUGAUCGGGAUGAACCCGCCCUCGUCGGAGAAGCGCAUAAGGUGACCUUCUUCUGGACGAAUGGUCAUCUGACCCCCAUUUCACGCGUACUUCUCACCUUUUUCCUCUCCACGUCGAAUCCACAGUUGGUUCGACUCUCCCCUGAUCCCGCCCUCCUGCUCCUGAAUGCAGACGACAGUGGGGGUGGCUCGCUCAGCUACUCCAUCGAGUUAGACACCCUCGCCCCCUCCGCCACGCAGGAGACGACUCUUUACCUCCGCGUCCUUGGCGAAACGGAAGUACGUCUCAUUUCCAAAGUCAAAUACGUGGAUUCCUUCGCUCAAACCGUGACAGCCGACUUUUUCACCGUUGUCGGAGUGGUGGCACCGUUUGGCGUGAGUUCCACGGUGCGCGACCGUCAAGGAGAAAUCAUCCCAGAUGCGGCACUCGGAUUAAACCAGCCCUUCCUCCUCCUCCACGAAAUUACCAACGUGACAAAGACGACGGAGCUGAGGAUAGCAAAUAUCCGGUUUAAGGAGGGCAGUAAAUGCGUGGCGCAACGUGUGGCAAGUGCAGGCGUGGAGGAUGUCACGGUGAAUCCUGGCGAGACGAUUUCCGCCUUCCAAAUGCUCCAACUAGUCCAACUUCCUGUCGGAGGAGUGGCCACGGUGGGCGUGGUCGUGCAAUGGUGCAGGAAUGGAGAUGACGACGGGAUGUUGCUGACGACUGAGCUGGCCGUCGCACUUCCGCGCGUUGAGAGCGACACGGGUGGCGGUCUCUAUCUGACAGGGGAAUUUGGGGAGGGUCAUCUCAAACGGAAAAUGACAGCAAACUACAUUCUUCUCAAUCGGGGGACAAACUGUUGCGACUUAACCGUUUCAAUCGACUCGACGGAGUUUUUUAUGAAUGCCGGACCUAAAAGGAUGAGCAUAAAAUUGAACGGUGGUGAUCACGUGGACCUCUCGUACAUCUUGUUCCCCUUGAAAACCGGGCUCGUGAUGGCGCCCCGUCUCGUCGUCGAGGGGACGGAUGCCGGUCAGAAUGUCGUCGUUUAUCGGGACCACCCCAAAACCGUCUUCAUCCGGAGAAUCAAUGAUGAGGGCGAAGAAUGAAAUGGUCGUUUUGCAAACGAGUCAAGGAAUCAUCAUCGCAACGGUUUUGUACGCCCAGGGAUUUUGGGGGGAUUAAUUAAUAGAUUGAGUCCGUUAAUUGACAUUUUGUACAAAAAAUUGUGUAUUAAAAUCUUCUAUUUAAAUUACUGAGGCAGUUCGCGUCGAUCUUCGUAAGUCUGUUACCACGUAAACUUACGAAGAUCAGCUUACAAACCAAAAACAUGCCUGACAUCUUUGUAAGGUUUUGUAAGUUCAUAAACAACAAUUAUGUUCAAGUUAUUCCCAAAUUUCGUGAAAAGUUUGUAAGUUUCAAAAGUUUACUUGGUUACGGAUUUACGAAGGCUGACGUCAAUUGUCUCACUAAAUAUUUAACAGUCCAGAAAAGUGAAGUCCUGCUGUGAGGAAACGUCGCCUCAAUAUUUUAAUAAAUAUCUUUGCUAUGUGUGUAAAGAAUGAUGAGUAAUGCUAAAUAAAGAAUAAGAAUGGUGAUCAUUAUCGACUCGA